AUGCAGGCGAUCAUCACCACCGCGACGUCGCUUGGGAGCGAUGCGAAGCAGCAGCAGGAGGUGAAGCAUGCUGCGGCUCCCAUUCUCGAUUGGGCCACCAUGUACACACGCAAGCCUUCUGGCACCCGCACCCUCUUUGCUCUAGAGGCCCUGGUGGCAAAACGCAUGGAGCUGCUUGCGUGGAUCGACCAGCUGAUGAACUCGCCAAACGUGAAAAGCUUUGGUGUUUUGCUUGACGAAAUUGGGGCGCGGCUUCCACUCGAGCGUCGCAAGCAGGUUGCGCAGCAAGCCGCCGAUCACGUGGUGCUGGGUCGAGACGAUACCCCCGGUGCUGACGAUGCCGAUCGCUCUCGUACCCCACGGCGUUCGGUUUCACGCUCCGGCUUGGCUGCCUUGAAUGCCGUCGUGUUUGAGGGUGACGAGGACCUUCUUUCGCACCUCCUUUCACGUUUUGCAUUCUGCAUGAGCGAGCAAUGGCGCAAGUGGUUUGUGAAAACGGAGGAGGCUUUGCUUCGGGCGCGACUGAAGCUGCAGAUGGCAAAGUGUGAGGCUGAUUUUUUGCCUCGUCUCAUGCGCGACAAUGGGCUUCCGUGCUACCCACUCUCUGAAGAGCAGUGGCAGGAGGCACGGCUGCAGGAGUACAUUGUGUACUUUGCGGCGUCGCAGGGAAAACUGCAGCCCCGCGGUCGCGAGGAAUACUUUGCUGUUCCACUAACCCUAGCCACACGUCUUAUCAAGACCCGUAGCGUUCUGUGCCUUCGGGGGCAGGCCAUUCUUCACAGGGAGCAGGCUCAAGAGGUUUUUUUAACGAUAUUUCGUUCCAAAUUAAAUAGAGGCCUGCAUGAGGCGUUCCUUGCGCGAGUGAAGUUGACAUCCAAUGAGGGUGAUGAAGAGCGGGAUACAGUCAUGCGAAUGCUAGAUGCCUUCUUGGAGCAUUUUGUGGCUGAUCCUACGUCUGCGAUGCAGGAAGCGUCAACUGGCGCCGUGGGUGCAGGUGAUGUUCGCCGACUAGCCCAAACACAUUUUCCCCUAUGUAUGCGUCAAAUAGAUGAGCACCUUCGUCGCGAGGGGCACCUAAAGCAUCAUGGACGGUUCACGUAUGGCCUGUUCCUGAAGGCAAUUGGUCUUUCUUUGCAAGAUUCCAUUACGUUGUUUUCUUCCUUGAUGACUCUUAAAGGCGCUGCUGGCAAUACUGAGGCGUUUACUAAGACUGCAUACGGAUACGGCCUCCGCCACAUCUACGGGAUGGAGGGUAAGAAGACAAGCUACACGUCCAUGUCGUGUGCGACGCUGCUGGCCCUUCCUCCUGUGGUGGAUCGUUUUGACUGUCACGGUUGUCCGUUUCGUUUUAAGGACGAGGGUGCCUUUCGGUCACUGCUACUGAAGGAACAGCCAAGCCCGCUUGGAAAGGAGCGGCCUCCGUUGCGACCCUCUGCGAGCGAUAUUGAGGACAUUGUGCAAGACUGCAAAGGACAACAUUAUACACGUGCCUGCUACAAAUAUUUUGUGGCUACUCACCCUGGCGUGAACCGUGACACGCUCUUUCGCUCCCCGUUUGAGUACCACUCGCUGAGCCGGGAGGUGGCGGAAAAGCCGGAGGAAAUUUUGAGUGGUCAGACAACACCGGCGCGGCGUCUCAUGAGCGGUGACAGCCUCAAACGGUCACUUUUCACACCGACUCUGAAAGAGGACGUCAUUCGUGAACGCACAUUCCCAUAG